UACUAUCAACUUCCGGAUAAAUUAAACUUGAGGACAGACGAGUCAACGAAAUGUCUAAGUUAAUUGCCGAAAUCAAAGAUGUUUUAAGCUUACAUUUGGUGACCAAUGUACUUCUUUCUUUAACAUACUAUAUUCUGAAGGUCAAUCGUCCGAUUUGUGAAUACCUCUUUGAUGAUUGCUUUCUCGAAUUGAAAGAAUGGGAAUGGAUCACAUUUCUUGGGUGCAUUAUAGUGAUAAAAGGUCGCAGACAGUCUGCGUUCUUGGAUUAUGCCAACACUGCCUGUAUGUUUGCUAAGUUUUUGAAUGGGGUUAUGUUGUUUAAAGCAAGCCCCAUCUAUGGAUUAGUUUAUUUUCUUGCAGUUUUGUUACACACUAUUGUUCUUCCGAGACCAGUGUAUCAAGGACCUGAAUAUAUCACAUAUUUCAGGGGACCUAAUUUACAGGAUGAACUGGAAAGAGACAAAAGAAUAACCUGGAUUGUCACAUUUUAUGCUGCAUGGUCACCUCAGAGUGUUACUUUUGCUCCAAUUUUCUCAGAAAUUUCAUCUCAAUACAAACUUGACAACCUGAAAUUUGGAAAAAUUGAUGUGUCAAGGUAUCCAGAUGUAGGACAGAAGUUUAAUGUAGACAGUAGUUCUUGGUCAAAACAACUGCCAUCUGUGAUUGUGUUUGAAAAUGGGAAAGAGACGAACAGAAAACCAUUUAUUUCACCAAAGGGCACAGUCGUACGCUACAGGUUUACAAAGGAAGGAUUGGUUGCCGAUUUGGAUCUCAAUAACAUCUAUCAAAAAUGCAAACAAAAUCCUCUAAAGGUGCGCAAAGAAAAGAAGGAUGAAGAUAUUGCCAAAGAGAAGAAAGAAAACUAAAGUCAACAAGAGAUGUUAUGAAAAACUUGUAUGUGCAAUUGUGAAAGGACUUGUUAGUGUGUGCAAUGAAUAUAAUUUACUAAAUUCACAUAUCUGUAUGUAAUAUGUUCAAUGAUUGGUGUAUGUGUAUGGUCACAUGACUUGGAUGUCACAAUAUUCAGAUUUCAUAUGAUGGAAUAUGGUUUCCUGACAAGUACUGGAUCUUAAAAGAAUUUCUAAAUAAGGAUCAGAUCAUCAGACUGUCAAUCAAUACACUUGUAUUUUAUAUGAAUCUCUUUUUUAAUGUUUGACUUGAAUGGAAGGAAAUAAAGUCAGUUUUCACAUUUUUUUUAAA